UCCCCAAAUCCUCAGAUCCGCCUCUGCCUCCUCCCCUCCUCCUGCAGAGUCCACCGCGUCUCCCCCACGCGCCCCGACCCCCCGGAUCCAGAUCCGCCGCCGCCACCACCCGGCCGCGCAGGAGCAACCAUGGCCGGCGGCGGGGGCGCCGGCGGCAUGUCGGAGUCGGUGCUCCGGAAGGUGCUCCUCUCCUACUGCUACGUGGCCGUCUGGAUCUUCCUCUCCUUCGCCGUCAUCGUCUACAACAAGUACAUCCUCGACCCCAAGAUGUACAACUGGCCCUUCCCCAUCUCGCUCACCAUGGUGCACAUGAGCUUCUGCUCCUCCCUCGCCGUCGGCCUCGUCCGCGUCCUCCGCGUCGUCGAGCCGCCCUCCUCGCCGCCCAUGACGCCGCAGCUCUACACAUCCUCCGUCGUCCCCAUCGGCGCGCUCUACGCCAUGUCGCUCUGGUUCUCCAACUCCGCAUACAUCUACCUCUCCGUGUCUUUUAUCCAGAUGCUCAAGGCGCUCAUGCCCGUCGCCGUCUACUCCAUCGGCGUGCUAUUCAAGAAGGAGACCUUCAGGUCUUCCUCCAUGCUUAACAUGCUCUCCAUCUCCUUUGGGGUCGCCAUCGCCGCCUAUGGCGAGGCUAGAUUCGACGUCCGCGGCGUCGCGCUACAGCUCGCCGCCGUCGCCUUUGAGGCCACGCGGCUCGUGCUCAUCCAGAUCCUGCUCACCUCCAAGGGAAUCUCGCUCAACCCAAUCACCUCGCUUUACUAUGUCGCGCCCUGCUGCCUUGGCUUCCUGCUCGUGCCCUGGAUCUUCGUCGAGCUGCCCAGGCUGCGUGCGGUCGGGACGUUCCAGCCGGACUUCUUUGUGUUCGGGACAAACUCCCUCUGCGCCUUUGCGCUUAACUUGGCCGUGUUCCUGCUCGUUGGCAAGACCUCUGCGCUGACCAUGAAUGUCGCCGGAGUAGUAAAGGACUGGCUACUGAUUGCCUUCUCCUGGUCCGUGAUCCGGGACACGGUCACCCCUAUCAACCUGUUCGGCUACGGGAUCGCCUUCUUGGGGGUGGCUUACUACAACCAUAUCAAGCUGCAGGCCCUCAAGGCCAAGGAGGCGCAGAAGAAGUCCGCGCAGGCUGAUGAGGAGGCUGGCUCGCUGCUGCAGGAGCGUGAGCACAGUGAUCGCAAGAGCGACAACCAGGCAUAGAGCACCAGACUCGAUCCUGGCAUGCCCACAUUGGGAAUCUGGUGCAAAGUGCAAAGACUGUAGUUUGGUCUACGGUUGCUUUCAAGGAGGUGGAUGCCGGUUUCGUUCUUUUGCUCCUUUAACUUUAGUUGGAUCUGAAGAGCAAAUCAAGAGAAUUUAUUGGUUUAGGGAAUACUUGCACUUGAAACCUGCUUCUGGAGGGCUAGAAGAAACAGUUAUGUUACCCUGUCAUUUUUGUUUAUUUUCGCUUUUCUGUCCACCGCUCGCUCAUUGCCUAUUUAUUUGUUCAAGUAGCCUAGGUAAAAAUGUACUGCGUAUCGGUAUUCACUUUGGUGGUUAUCUUCUAUAUAUAAUGAGCUUACUGUAAUCUA